UAAUCUUUACAUCGUUUCGCUUCUUGGUUACUUUUCGGUGUAAGUUAAACGUUUAUCUCGCUGAUUAGGCCAGAAAAAAAUCGCGUGACAAUUUACUCAACUAAGAAAAUUUCAUCGGAUUCGAUUCAGUCUCCAUCACCAGUAGUGAUUUGUAAUAUCCAACAAUAGUAACAAUUAAUAUAUCAAGUAUCUAAAUGGGAAGAGUAAAACAAAAGAAAAAAAAGGAAGAGUUAAACAAAUAUAUUAGUCUGAAAGAAUGAAAAUUGUUUAACAAAGUGAAAACAAAAGGAAUUACCUGAUCACAAGAAUAAGAAUAUUAUUCAAAUUAUUCUAUUCUACAUCUUAUAACAAUAUAAGGAGAAACAAUUAAACAAUCAUCACCAUUACCAUUCAUCUUUAAAUGUUGAUUAUUUUGAGUAAAUAAUCAACAAGUGAACGAAGGAAAGAAAAAAAAAAUAAUUCUCUUUGUGUUCUGUUCAAUACUCAUCGGGUUUUGUGUUUUCACCAUUUCCUAAUAUAAUCUCAAAAUCUUCAAUCAAUGUGGACCAGCAAUUUAAAACUAAUCUUCCUGUUCACAAUCAUCAGUCUUUCGGCAUCAUGGUUACAUCAGAUUAUUGGUGUGAUGGGACAAUUUCCUGAUGAACAACCAUACAUCUUGACUAAUCCACUUUAUCCCUUGUAUGAAUUAAAACGUUACAGUAAUGGCGGCGAUGAUGUUGAUUACAUAGGAACAGGUUACGAUCGGAUUGAAGAGACUGUAGAUGAAGAAGACAACAAAUUAGAUCCCGAUCAUAUUGAUUACGAGGACAAGGAACGAAAACCAGCAAUGGACAUCGCCAAUUGGACUUAUCAAGAACAAGAGGAAUGGGAAAGAUUAUACCCAGACUGUGGUGGUAACAAUCAAUCUCCAAUCAAUAUUGAUGAGCAAUUAACUGAGAAAGAUGAUGUUACCGAGAUAUUUUUUGAUCCAAGUUAUGAAGUUUGUUGUCGUUCUAUGGAAAUUAAAAACACUGGAAGAUCGGUUGAACUCGCAAUUUCUGAAGGCAAAGGUCCAAUAGUUACUGGACCUUUUGUGGACAAUGAAGCUUAUCACUUUACUCAAUUACAUUUCCACUGGGGAACUGAGCCUGAACAAGGAUCGGAACAUGCAAUUAACAAUGAACGUUACGAUAUGGAGAUGCAUUUUGUUCAUUACAAUAAGAAAUAUGGAGAUUUCAAUGAAGCUUCAACCAAACCCGAUGGACUUGUAGUUAUUGCUACAUUAUUUAAGAUUUCUGAAAGUAACAAUCCAGCGCUUGAAGAUAUUGUUAGGAAAUUGGAAAAAAUCAGAUGUGGUGGAUUAAGAUAUGAACUUGGAGCUCGAUUAAAUUUAUUGCAAUUAUUACCAUCAAGUAUUGAUAAAUAUUAUCAAUAUCAAGGGUCUCUAACAACUCCACCCUGUUCUGAAUCGGUUACCUGGAUCGUAUUCAAAAAUUCACAAAACAUCGGAAGAAAACAGAUUACCAAGUUCAGGAACUUAUUUCAGGAUAAAAAAUGCACCAUUGAAAUGGGUUCAGUUACAAGGCAAUUACAACCAAUUAACGAACGGAUCGUCUAUUCAUCAACAUCAACCAAUAAUCAAUAUCCAACUAAAUUGCAUCCGAAUGGAUUAUCUAGAAUACAAAUGAUUGGCAGAGUCAUUGGACUGAGAGAUCUUUUUUAACUUAAAUCAUAAUAUAAUAACUACGAUAAUCAACAAGUCUUCUAAUUUUAUCCUAAUCUUUUUUUUGUCCUAACCAAUGGUAGCAAUUAAGUUUACCAUGGAAUCAAUGAAAAGUAUCGCCAAAUUUAACUUGUUUAAUUUAUCAUUAACUCUGAUUGUGAUCAAAGUUAAAACUUUAAUAUAAUCGAUACACAAUCUUGCUUUUUUUUUGUAAACAAUCAAAAUGUUGAGCAAAUUGAGAUCAACAAUCAACAAUCAAUUUUUUGACAAUAAAAAUUGUAAUUUGAUUUUAUCUCAUAAACACAACAAUCAGAUUCCUCUGAUUGUUUGAUUACAAUUAAAAUAAAGAAGAAAAAAUCAAGA